CUUUUUACUCGACUAACAAGUGUCUUGUGUGGAAUUUUGUAAAAUUAACACCACGAAAGUUUUUAAUAAUGUCAGCGUCACCUAUCGCGAGGCAGGCCACCCACAGCCAAUCGAUUCCUUCAAGGAGGGUCCUGAUCACGGAUCCCGCUCAAAUGCCUGAUGUCUAUUCCAGCACACCGGGCGGAACCAUCUACUCCACCACUCCUGGAGGUACAAGAAUAGUGUACGAAAGGUCGUUCAUGUUAUCCCUUCGGCAAUCUCCGAUUUCCCAAACGCCACCGCAAUGUGCACUUCCCGCAGCCCUACUGAAGAAUCCGUCUUCGGUACCCAACGCGCAGCCGGCCAGCACACAAAAACCUCGAUCUAACUCGAUAUCAUUCGACGAGUCGCAGGAAACCUUCAGCAUGGAUCUCUAAGCUAGUCAUUAAUUUUCUGAAUACUUAAAACCUGUUAUUGUCAAAUACGGCUUGCCACCGCAAGCUUGCGAAUGUUUCGCUUGCUCUGUCUUUUAGACGUCUGUGGGCUGUUUGUGAAGUUAGCCAGAGCUAAACACAACAAAAAAACAUGUUUGACAGGACAUCAUUUCCUAUUUAGGUCGCUAGUGGCGCUGUAGAAGCUAAACUCAUUGACAGUGAUAUUAUUAUUGUUUUUGUGGAUUAUUAUCGAAUGUUUUAUUGUUUGUGUUAGCAAAUACGGGUUUUGGUUUCGGCAAAUUACUUUGUUUUCGUUAUUAUUAGGUAUACUUUCUAGUUUUGUUAAGCGUGACUGAACUUUUAGUGUUGCGUUCAAAACGCUAUCCUUCGCCAUCAAUUUGACACCAAAAACGAAAUUAAACCUUUCAAAAUUCUAAUUUCGAAUUACUGUCGCGAUUGAGAGAAGGAAGAGUCCCUGUAAAUAUUAUUACUUGUAUAAUUUUAAAUUACGCGUUUGACGCACAGUUAUGUAGGUGCUGACUGUAGUAUUUUUUUAUAGUUUUAAGGCGAAUAGCAAGUGCCAUUUGUAGGAAGAUAUUAUAUUAUAUAUCUUUCUGUUUGGAUUUGCUUAUAUCGUGCAAUGCAAUCUCAUUUAAUUCAGACAGUUGUCAGUAACAAUAAAAUGUAUGCCAUAAAAAUCAAAAUGAAGAUUGCUUCUUGUUAUAACAACGCCAUCUAUCAAAAAUGGCUUGAACUAGAAAACACAACCAAACAAUUUUCAUGAACAGAAAAAAAAGAUUGAAAGACAAUAAGAAUUACGAAAAAUAUCAAAGGAUAAGCCAAAAUGAACUUAAGAUGAUAUUAUAUUAAAAGCAUUUAUUGUAUAAUAUUAAAUAAUAGAGACGAAUGUUUUGUAAGUAAAAUACUAAUAUUAAGUCCCACUUCUUUGUAUGGACAACGUCCGAACAUGAUUUUUGUGAUUUGUGCUUAAAUAAUGGAUGAAUGCAUUGCAGCGCUGUUGUUUGAUGAUAUAUUUCUGGACUGCCAGUCAUGAUAUUAUAAACAAAAUAAAUGGAUUAAAACACA